CGAUUUCUUACAAACACUGGAACAUACCGGACACUACAGCGCCUGCAGAAAAGAACCGUGUCUUCCGUGUCACCGUCUCCCAAACAACAGGUGUACAGUCCUCCUUCCAUUUCAAUAAACUUUUAUCAAAUUCAAAUCUUAUCUUGCCGGAAAAUUUGCUAAUGGCGAGUUCAACGUCGCCGAUUGGCUUCUUUCCGGCUGAACAAACCACAACCACAACCACAUCUACUCAAGAAGACAUGAAGAACACAGACACCGUUGAUUCCCCCCUACGUUCUAGGACCACCACUUCGACAAAUCCUGCCACCGCCGCGAGGCGGAGAACCGCCAUUAAUGCAACGUCGGCGAAGACCUCCCCUAAUUUAUGCCGGUCACAAUCGUUCGGUCGUGAGAUCGGACAUGCUGCUAGUGAAACGUAUUUGAUUACUCGCCUUGCGUUCACUCUUCUUCGCUAUCUCGGGGUAGGCCGAAGGUGGAUCUCAAGGCUUCUUGCCCUAGGUCUUUAUGCAAUGUUGCUAAUGCCUGGUUUCCUCCAAGUUUUACAUCAGUAUUUCUUUUCAACCCAAAUUCGAAGAAGCAUAGUUUAUGGAGAUCAACCUAGAAACAGGCUGGAUUUAUACUUGCCCAAAAACAUAGAUAGCCCAAAGCCAGUUAUUGUAUUUGUGACUGGUGGAGCAUGGAUCAUAGGAUAUAAAGGGUGGGGGUCCCUAUUAGGAUUUCAAUUAGCAGAAAGAGAUAUCAUUGUGACAUGCAUUGAUUACAGGAACUUUCCCCAGGGUACAAUCAGUGAUAUGGUUGAAGAUGUUUCUAGAGGAAUUUCAUUUAUUUGUAAUCAUAUCGCUAAUUAUGGAGGAGAUCCUAAUAGGAUAUAUUUAAUGGGGCAAUCUGCUGGGGCACAUAUAUCUUCUUGUGUACUCUUGAAGCAGGCGAUUAUAGAAUCUAAAGGAGGGCCCACAUCCUGGAGUGUCUCUCAGAUAAAAGCUUAUUUUGGUUUAUCUGGAGGGUACAACUUGACCAACUUAGUUGACCAUUUUGAUCAACGAGGCCUCUAUCGCUCUAUAUUUCUAAGUAUAAUGGAGGGGGAUGAAUCUCUUCAAGAAUUUUCUCCUGAAAUCCUUAUUGAAGAUUCAACUGCUAAAAACGCUGUUCCUCUCCUUCCUCAUAUUGUUCUUUUUCAUGGAACUGAAGAUUUUUCAAUUCCACCAGAUGCAAGUAUAACGUAUGUAGAUGCGUUGAAGAGAGCUGGAGCAAGAGCUGAGUUAAUACUGUAUGAGGGAAAAACUCAUACAGAUUUAUUUAUUCAAGAUGCUUUAAGAGGUGGGAAGGAGGAGCUAUUUGAUUACAUAGUGGAUUAUUUACAUGCGGGUGAUACGGAAGCACUUGCUAACGAUGCAAUGGCACCUCCACGUAGACGACUUUGCCCUGAGCCUUUGUUGAAAUUAGCUGGCCUUGUCAGUCCUUUUUAAAUAAUUAUUUUAUUUAUGUAACUUUAUUUUCCAAACAAGUUUAUUUAUGGGAAAAGACUAGUGGUAUUUGUUUAUGUAUGUAUUGUUGUUUGCUAAAGGAAUUUUUGGAUGU